AUGACUAGCACAAUAUUAGAGUCUGAAGGCUUUGUUGUCAAAUUAGAAAAGAGGCGGCACCGGACGGAACAAGAGAGACAUGGAGACCAUUCGCCAACUUGGAAGGUUUCAAAGCCAAUGGGCGGCCGGAUUAUGGAUGUGGACCCUAUAUUGACGGAAGAUGAGAAGCAUUUAAUACUUGCAUACAACACCUCUAUUCAGGUAUACUCGACAGCGGAUUCUCUUCUAAUACGCAAGAUUCAACUGGAAGAGCUCGAUGUAGAGAAUGUACCGGGACAGAUCAUGUCUAUUUGCAUAUCUCCAAGCUCGCCAAAUCUUAUAUGGGUUGCUUCGUCUGAUGGCCAUGUCUGGUUGAUUGAUUGGACGAACGGCCAAGGUUCCGAGACCUUAUUCAAGCUACAAUGCAGCUUUCUAUCUGACAUGUCUGUCGAACAUAUCAAGUUUGGCGCAGAACUUAGGGAUGUUCCGUUAGUUUCUAUCGAGCAUAAGAAGAAAUGGCGGAUCGUCGCCUGUGAUGUGCGCCGAUCCAAGUUCAAGGAUUCCAUCCCGCUCUUAACCCAGACCAUGCCUAUUUCAAAUCUACGUUCUGUUCGAAACGGAUAUGCUUUAAUAGCAUCAGCAGAUCGUAACAUUCUUCUUGGUACACUAAAGACCUCAUCGAUCAAGCGCGUCGGCGAGCUCGAAUACGAGUUCUUCACCCUUGACUGUAGCGACGAGAUUGUAUGCUUAGAUGUACGAGCAACGGACCGUGUACAUCUUAAUCGAAAGACGCAAGUGGAAGCUGGUAAUGAACCUGUUGUAGAAAUUGUCGUAGGCUGUGCUCGUGGAGCUGUGUUCUUCUACAACGAUAUCUUACCUCAAAUCCGACGGUUACAUAGCUCCAAGGGGCACAGAGGCUCCCUUCAACCCCGCAAGUACCAUUGGCAUCGCAGAGCUGUCCACACUAUCAAAUGGUCGCGAGAUGGCCACUACAUCAUUUCUGGAGGAUCCGAAUCGACGCUGGUAUUAUGGCAGCUAGACACGCAGAAGAUGGAUUUCCUACCCCAUCUCUCUGCAACAAUCGAGAAUAUUGUCGUUUCGAAGCGUGGCUCUGCAUACGUUCUCCAUUUAGAUGAUAAUUCAGUCAUAGUUUUAUCGACCGCAGAAAUGAAGCCAACAACAUACAUAUCUGGAAUACAGACACUCAUUUCCCCACAGCCGCUUUCCAAGGAUGACCUAGUCAGAAGAAUAGGCCAAUAUACCCCCGACCGAUUAUUAAAGACGCCUGCAGCAGUCAGUCCAGUGGACUCCUCGCGGAUUCAUUUUUGUGUAGGGAAUGGGCAACGAUUAAGCCACUCUGGGAGCGGCCCUUCUACUCCUCUAAUACAAACAGUAGAUCUCACUACCUUGCAAGGUAUCUCAAAGCAAGCCCUAACAAGAACAAACCCGACAGAUGUGAAUACGACAGCUAAAGGAUAUGCUAUAACGGAGCCUCGAGUCACCGGCAUGGCAUAUUCAGCAGAUGGGAAGUGGCUUGCCACUACUGAUGAGUGGCAGCCGCCGUCGCGGGAUAUCAACUCCCUAGAAGGAUCCCCUGCCGAAAGGCGUGAGGUCUACCUCAAGUUCUGGACCGCCUCUUCGGAAGACCAGAGUCUGGAGCUCGUGUCUCGUAUCAACGCACCUCAUUACACAGGCCGAAGCGAGCCUAUUUACGGUCUGGCCGCAGAUCCGCAUAUGUAUCGUUUUGCUACUAUCGGUGAAGACGGAGUUGUUAGGUUGUGGGAACCAACAAUCAGGCAACGCGACGGAGUGCUAGUCAAGGGCAAACUAGGACGCCAGCUACACAGCUGGGGAUGUUCCCGAACUAUAUAUCUUCAGGAAAACGAGGAACCGAUCGAUCCAGACGCAACAGCUACCAGCAGUUCCAUACGAGGCUCGGGUGCGGUUUCUUUCUCCGAAGAUGGGUCUACCAUAGUCUGUGCUAUUGGAACCGUCCAUGGCUCGGCAAUCCACGUCAUCGAUACAGAAUCCGGCAAGAUUCGGGAUUCGAUUGACGGAUUAAUAACCGGGGAAAUCCGCGAUGUCAAAGUACUGUCUUCAUGCUUGAUCGUCCUUUCAGAUCGUCUCAUAGUGUAUGAUUUGGUCUCCGACGAGCUACUGUACGGUGUUCAACUGAGGACAGACGAAGAUUCAUCUGGUCCAAGCGCAGCUAUCUUGACGCAUAUGGCAGUUGACCAGGAGACCUCGACAUUUGCGGUGGCUGUUUCACGAGGCAAGCCAGGCUCGCCUUUCCUCACUUCCGAGCUAGCAGUGUUCUCACCAGACCGAAGCGAGCCGGAGAUAAUUCGCAGGUUCCCAUACCCUAUCACGUCAAUCGUUGCCUCAGUUGGGUCUAGUGGGUACCUUGUUCUGGACUCUGCCGCCCAGUUAUGGUCAGUCAACGAGGGCAUGGAUACUAAAUCCCUUGCCUUUGCCCAGCCAUUAGCUGAUCUCAACCUUGACCAAGUGAACACCGAGGAGCCUCGUGAAGACAGGCCUUCUUUGGCAUUACUUUCUGGACAGGACGAUGAGCCAGCGAGCGGGGACGAAAUGGAUGUUGACAUGCCAGAUGCCAUGGCCGACGGGAACGGUGACGAGGCUUAUUCAGCUGUUAUCCCACCACAAAAGCUCUCAGAACUAUUCGACACUGCGCCGGCGUUCGCGAUGCCACCGAUCGAGGACAUUUUUUACCAAGUUACGAAGCUAUUCUCGUCGAACUCGCCUGUUUCAGCAUCAUGA